AUGGGGAUCAGCAUAUGGGAAACUAAGGAUGAACAACAUGAGGUGCCAAAGUCUGUGUGCAGUGAAGCCUGCCAUCCUGGAUACAGAAAAGUUGUGCAACAAGGACAGCCAUCUUGUUGCUUUGAUUGUAUUCCUUGUUCAGAUGGAGAGAUUUCUAACAUAUCUGAUGGAGAGGAAGGUAUUUGUAUAAAAUGUCCAGAAGAUUACUGGUCAAAUACAGCAAAAGAUUUUUGCAUUGUAAAAUGUGUUGAAUUCCUCUCGUAUGAAGACCCCCUGGGAACAUCCUUAGCUGCCAGUGCUGUUGUCUUAUCACUGGUGCCAGUGGCGGUCCUGUGUAUUUUCAUCAAACAUCAUGAUACACCAGUUGUCAAAGCAAAUAACCGGGAAGUCAGCUACUUUCUCCUUAUAUGCAACCUGUUAUGUUUACUCACUGCUUUAAUAUUUAUCGGUCCCCCAAAUAAUGAAACAUGCAUUUUCAGACAACCAGCUUUUGGCAUAUUCUUCUCCAUCUGUGUUUCUGCAGUGCUUGCCAAGACUGUUACUGUAGUGAUUGCUUUUAAGGCAACAAAACCAGGCAGCAGACUGAAUAAUCUGGUUGGGUCAAAGACAUCAUUUUUUAUAAUAUUUUGUUGUUUCCUUUUUCAGUUUAUUAUAUGCAUUGUGUGGAUAUCUGUUUCUCCACCCUUCUCAGAGACUGACAAAAAGCUUCCAGAGAAAACAGUGAUUCAGUGUAAUGAGGGUUCGGUAUUCAUGUUCUAUUGCAUGCUGGGAUAUUUAGGUAUAUUAGCAACUGUAAGCCUCUUAAUAUCUUUUCUUGCCAGAAACCUGCCAGAUAGCUUCAAUGAGUCUAAGUUUAUCACAUUUAGCAUGAUUGUUUUUGUAAGUGUUUGGCUAACAUUUAUCCCAGCUUACUUCAGCACAAAAGGGAAAUAUAUGGUUGCUGCUGAGAUUUUUGCAAUUCUGUCCUCUAGCUUUGGAUUGCUACUUUGUAUUUUUUUUCCCAAAUGUUAUAUUAUUGUAAUGAGACCAGAAAUGAACACUCGAGGAUACAUUGUAAAACAACAGUAUACUCUACAUAAACUAUGAUAUAAAUAAUUAGGAAUCCAAAUUGCAAAAAUAGUCACAGAAAAGUGUCAAUUUGCUGGUCUUAACUAACCUUACCAAGAAACAUUAAACUUGUUUUUAACUCUGUUGCAGAAUAAUAAAAACUGUACUGUCAUCUGAA